AUGUCUCUGACGGCCACCGCCGUGGUUACACUCGUUAAUCACACAACACGGAGCUCGGAGAAACCCAGGUUUCCAUCUUUCGCCUCCCAUCUAUUAACUACCAACAGGGCCUCGCGCUUCAGCCGGUAUAAAGCGCCCCUAAAGAAAAUCUCUCAUUACCAUUACCUCUCCGGCCUCAAAUUUCGGCUACCCAUUUCGCCUGUCAUGGAAUGGCAAGAUUGCACGGUGAGAAAGGAGGUGGAUGUGCCAGUUUCAGUUGCUUAUGAUUGUUACUCUGAUCGUGAGGCUAUUCCUCAGUGGAUGCCGUUCAUUUCAUCUGUUAAGAUUCUGGAAGAUAAGCCUGAUCUAUCACGUUGGUCACUGAAGUAUGAAGCAUUCGGCCGCGAUAUUGAAUUCUCGUGGCUUGCUCGUAAUAUGCAGCCUAUAAAGAACCAGAAAAUCCACUGGAGAUCUAUGGAGGGUCUUCCUAAUAGGGGAGCUGUAAGGUUUUUCCCAAAAGGUGCUUCUGCUUGUACAGUAGAACUCACUGUUUCAUAUGAAGUUCCUCAGCUGCUGGCUCCGGUGGCAUCUGCUUUGCAGCCUUUUCUUGAAAGCUUGCUCGCUCGUGGAUUGGAACGGUUUGCAACAUUUGCUAAAACCUACUCGGCUAAAUCGACCACGUAA